ACUUCAUACUCUUAUUUAUAAUUUUUUAUUUUAUUUGAACGGACGCGAUGGCGCUGGGACAACAGCACGUGUUAAGUUUUUCACCUGAUGGUAAAUUGUUUGCUUUUAUUAAUGAUCAAGGAAUUCUUAGAAUAUGGGACACAGAAACCAAUGAAUUAAAGCAAGAGUAUACGCCAAAUAUUCAGUUAUCCGGACCAUGCACCGCACUCACGUGGGUUAUUACUAGUUUCGCUGGCGAUGGGAUAGUGGAAGGAAAAAAGACUAAGAAAUCACGAAAGCCACUAUCAAGUUCCAGCAAAGAUGGUCAGGAAAUUUAUAUAGCCCUUGGUACUAGCAAUGGAAAAAUAUCUCUGUAUUCCUACGCGUUAGGAAAGAUUGAAAGAAACUUGAAAGGAGAAGGACAUAGUGGGAAGGUUACCUGCCUGGCCCAAGAUGCGGAAGGCCACUUAUUCAGUAGUGGAGAAGAUUGUCAGAUAAUUGUAUGGUCACUUUCUGAUGAAAAGCAGCUUUCCUCUUGGUCAGUGGGAACAGAAAAACCUUAUAGCAUUAUUUAUUUGGGAAUAUCUAAUAAUGUUGUUGUCGGUGGCCGUCAAAUUAAAGUUUAUUCAGUUGCUACGCAAGAAUUAGUUCAAACAUUUACUGGACAUACAUCAGAUAUUAAUUUGAUUAGCUCAUUAAUACUAGACGAAUGUACCGAAUAUGUCAUAAGCACAUCACGCAUGGAGCGUAUAAUUUGUCUCUGGAAAAUUGGCAAAAAAGGUAGAAAUAAGAGUGCUAGUUCCACGCUACUUAUGGAAGAUGUUGCACAUUGCAUUACUUGUCAAGUAGAUAAUGAUCGUAAUGUACGAGUAGCGAGUGUAACACGCAGUGGAGUAAUUCAUUUGUACCUCAUUCCUGCAGAAAAUAUUAAACCAGAAAAACCAAUAAAACCAAAACUAACCAUUGAAGUAGCAUCUGAUAGUUCAACCGUUAUUGCUCCAAUACCAGCGGUGGCAGCGUCUCUACAGCACACCAUUCGCUCCGAAGAACUGAUUUUCGGUUAUGGAAACAAGAGUUUUUUGGUUUUUGAACACAUCAAACCAAAUUUCACUGAAAAGUUACAAGUGCUCAUACGAACUGACCCGAAAACUUUAUACUUGACACGAGGGAAAUUGUUGAAGAAAGAUGGAAAAGCUGUUACGUCCCAGAAGAUAGUCACCCCUAUAGUUAAUGAUGUCGAUGUAGACUAUAAAUCCUCGGUUACUGUAUCAAAGAAGAAACUGAAGGCUGCAGAAAUGCCUAUGGAGUCACGACUUCAAAACUUAAAUUUAAAUGUAGCACCCGGAAGUGGAACUCCACAGGCCCAAAGUAAAGUACAGUUGUUAGUGCAGGCACUUCAUAGUAAGGACAAUGUCCUUCUACGCUCUGUGUUGCAUACACACGAUGUUAAAACUAUUCAGCUGACUCUUCACAAACUACCUGUACAAUAUGUAGGUCCCUUGGUCCAAGAAUUAACUCAGUUCAUGGAGCAAAAACGUAUGAAUGUCGAGUAUGCGGUUGAUUGGCUCAAAAUUCUUGUGCAAACUCACUCCAGUCAACUAAUGGCUUUAGGAUCUGAUGAUCUUUUAAAUAAAUUCGGUCCUUGCAUAGGCAUAAUAGAACAUCGUGUAAACUGCUUAAAGGAAUUGUCGAAAGUUUCUGGGCGUCUGGAUUUAUUGAUAAAUCAAAUAAAACGCAACACCAAUGAGGAUAACUUAAACAGUGCCAACGUAUUAGUCUAUGAGGAUAAUGACUCUUCUGAUUCUGACCUGGAUGAUGCAAACGAUAAAAGCGCUUCGGACGAUGAAUGGGAUGAGGAUAUUGAAGAUAGUGUAGAGAACAUGGACCAAGAUUCUCAGGAUAAUGAUGAAAGUGAGAAUGAUGACGAUGGCGAAGAAAUGGAAACGUGAAAAAAAUUUGUUUACAGUUCAAUGUAUACUAAAUCAGUGAACAAAAUAGAUUUGUUUUUAUUGUAGUUUUAA